AUGUCCCACGGAAAGCAGUUCACACUCUACGCGCACCGCACGGCUGUGAAUGGAUACAAGGUUGCGAUUGUUCUGAGCGAGCUGGGGCUGGAGUAUGAGAUGAUUUACCUCGAUUUCGACAAGAAGGAACACAAGGCGCCCGAGUUUGUGAAGUACAACCCCAACGGCCGUAUCCCUGCCCUCGUCGACCACGCGAAUAACGAUUUUGUUCUCUGGGAGUCGAACGCAAUCUUGCUGUACUUGGUCCAUCGUUAUGACAAGGGGCACAAUAUUUCGGCCUUCACAGAUGCCGACAAGGCACUGCAAGACCAGUGGCUUUUCUUCCAGGCUUCCGGACAAGGCCCUUACUACGGACAGUGGGCUUGGUUCGUAUCUGCGCCUGAGAAAAUCCCUCUCGCAAUCGAGAGGUACAAGAAGGAAACGGAGCGUGUUCUUUCUGUGCUCGACACAGUUCUCACCGGGCAGAAAUGGCUUGUUGGUGACAAAAUGACCAUUGCGGAUAUCUCAUUUAUCCCAUGGAAUGAUCUUGCGUUCCACAGGAUUCUGGGUCCCGAUUACCCUCUCGGAGAAACUUUUCCUGCUAUGUUCAAAUGGCAUACCGCUAUGAUGUCUCAUCCCGCCGUCAAAACGAACAUGGAGAAGAGAGCCGAGCUGCUGAAGUCGGCGUGA